AUGAUCCCAAGCACGCCGUCUUCGGCCGGGCUGGCAGGCCUUGCCUCACCCCCUCUCAAAUCCCCAACGCCCAACGAUUCACCCCAUCUCCGCGCCUCCCCCUCGAUACCCAAGAACUAUCACCCUUAUCUCAUUCAAACGACCUCAUCGUCCCUCCUGACCCGCUCAAACUCAUCACCUUCUCAGCCGGUCGCAGAAUUGCGACACAAGUCUAGCCGGAGCAUGAGCAGUCUCGCCGCGAGUGCGUCUGAAGGGGAGCUGGACAAGGUUGCGAAUGGUGGCGCGGGCGGGGGGCUGUCGAGGGAGGAGAGGGAACGGAGGAGGCGGUCCAUGGAGAGUCCGUUGACGAGGCCGGGGAUGAGAAGGAGUGGGACGCUGCCUGUCUUCCCAAGGGUGGAGGAGGUCAUGACCCCGACGAAGGGAAUGGAUUUGCCGAUGGAUCCCAAGUUGUGGAGCCCGUCGGAGCUGGCAAAUUAUCUCGUCUAUACGCUGAGGACCGGAGGACCGGACGGCUCUGGCCAGACUCUACCUGGCCCGCUCGUCAAGGAUAUCGAGACCUGGGUGUUGCGGCAGCAAGUAAAUGGCCGAGCCUUCCUCAAGGGAAACCAAGAGUCAUGGACAUCUUCAUCUCGCCCUCCGCCUUUCCUCCCACUCCUCCUUUCCAUCUCCCGCCGCCUCCGCCGCUCAUCCCUGCAAUCCCGCCUGUCAGUCGACAAGACAUCCUUCUCGCCUUCCCCGCUCAAUUCUGACGUCCCACGCACCGGUUCCACCCUAUUCGAAGAGGACGAAGAUGGCGAUGGGUACAUCUCGCCCGUAUCCGGUGUCCGGCGCAUGGCCAACGCGUACGAGAGCAAUGCCUCUACGCCGAAUCUCGAUGAAGAACCCGAGCCGCUCAAGGCGCAGUGGACGGGCGGCAGCUCGACGAGCGAAGUAUGGCGACGAUGGGAAGAUAUGGGCGUGGGAGUGCGGCGGAAUCGGCGGGACUCGACGAGAAGUCUUGGCGCGGGCAAUAUGGCGGAUGAGGAGGCGAGUCCGGCGAUGGGGAGUGUCCCAUUAAGCUCCGGGUCGGGGGAUGAGGGCGAGAUCUCCGCCGAUAUCCCCUAUCUGGACGAGGACGAAGGGCCAGGCGGGACUGUCAAGGGACCGCCGAUGGGGUUGGGGCUGGGUCUGGGCGUUGCCGGCCUUGGAGCUGGAGAAGCAGGAGGCAAAGGGAAGCAAACGAGUCCACCUCCACCUUACCGAUCUCCUGACCCGGACGCAUCACCUGCGCAACUCGUCGUCCCACUCGAGCAGGCGUCGGAUACCCCACCUAAUCGAAUGAGGCUAUCCGUCACACCGACCCCGGAACGCCCUCGGAUCCCGUCGAGCGCUCAGACCGACGACGCUGCUCAAACGGAGAGCUCUCCAUCUCCUACGAGAGACUCCCGCGCGGCGGACGGCGGCUCCCCUCACAUGUCCAACAUGUCUACACACCGCUCAUCCGGCUCGGACCCCUACGCCGCGCUCCGUCAGCCAUCCUCCACCGGUCGCCGUAGUCGCCGCCUGCCCCAAGAGCUCCGGGUAGCUUCCGGUGGCGGAGAAGACAGUGCCAGCACCUCUCGUCGCGUGACAAUCCGCCCUAAUCGCGUCGACUCGCUCUUCGCCCCGCCCUCCCCGCCUAUCAAAUCCCCACGCGAGGCCGAGCUGGAGGAUCAACUCAGUCAGCUCGUCUCGCGGGUCAAGGAGCUGGAGUCGAGGCUCGAGAGCGUCUCGGACGAGGUCAGCCGGAAAGGUCACAUGACUACGCCGUCGUCGCCUACCGGGAGGGAGAUGACGCGCCCGGGCAGCCCGGUGGGGAUGCUCUCGGACUCUAUUCUGGCGAGAUUGGGGCUGUUGCCGGAGGCGGAGGGGCUGCCGGUGAGGAUCAGGCAGCUGCCGGGGUAUCUGUUCUUGGUGGGCGUGGGGGUGGGAGCGGUAGUGGUCAGGGUGUUCAUGCGGAGGAGAUAG